AUGGCGACCGGUGAGAGGCGAUCAAAUCUCAGGUUGCUCAGGACGUCAUUGAUUCUGGACCAAGGCGACACACGCACGACUCGCCAUGGAGACUGUCUCAGACUGUGUACUUACAACGCGAGAACAGUUUCCAAAGACGCCGACCUGCAUUCCCUUCUCGGAGCUGCAGAGCGUAUCAAAUUUCACGUGAUUGCUCUGCAGGAGACCAAGUGCAGAAGGAGCGACGUACGACAGAUGAAUGACGGUACACUCGUCAUUCGUGGAGAGAAGGUUCCGUCGCGAAAUGUAGGCGGUGUUGGUUUCGUUGUGCACCCAUCUGUCGUCCAUCUCGUCGAUUCUCACGAGAUCCUGUCACCUCGUCUGGCCAUUCUUCGCCUCCGCCCUCUGCGCCAAAAAUCCAUCAGUAUCAUCAACUGCUAUUCACCAACAUCAGCAGCUGAUGAUUCCGAAUUGGACGCGUUUUACGAGGAGCUGGAGGAAGUAGUCCACAACGAGAAGUCCUUUUACAAGUUCGUUGUCGGAGACUUCAACGCAAAACUAGGAAAGGCCACAGAAGAGGAAUACAGGAUUGGAAGAUUUGGACUAGGGGACCGGAAUGAAAAUGGCAAUCGUCUCGCCAGGCUGUUGUCCGCCGCUCGCCUCUUUCAUGGGAACUCUCUUUUCAUGAAAAAGAUCAUCGUCGUAGUACCAUCCUUUGUAGUGGUUCUGAUCACCGUCUCCUUCGUGCGAAAAUACGACUUAGCCACACGAUGGAAAAGAACAUGUCUAUCGGCAACGAAGGAGAAAGAGUCGUCUACGACGAUUGCGUACUCGAGGACUCCGUCCCAAGAGGAUUACGAGCCUGUGCUGAACGUGCCUCGAAGUCGCGCACGACAAACUGGAUCGAAUUUCGAAGACCACCAAGGAAUUGUUAGGAAGAAGAAGGGCUUGAGGCUUGAUCCGAAUGCAUCGCACAUUGAGCGGCAGAAGAAGAUUCUAGAAGCAGCACAAAGAAGAACGAGUCUAAAGAAGUGCCGCAGGGAUCUCCGCGAAUAUAAUAUUCCGCUAGCAACCUUGCUGAGCGAAGACGGGACUCGCACGUCUUCUCGUCGUGAGAUGGAAAUCAUUACGGAGAGGUUCUACUCGAACCUUUUCCGUUUAUCAACUCCUGUGUCAAGCCUAAUCAUCCACACUGGCGAAGCUCCACAACGGAUUCUCCCUUCGGAAGUACGAGUCGCUAUCAAGAGCAUGAAACCUGCACAGCCCCGGACCGCAGACUUUCUUCGGGCUGGUGGCCAUCCGCUUCAUGUAAUCUUAGCAGCGCAGACAUCCUAUCUUCAGAAAGAAAGGAUCCCAGACCAGUGGAAGACCUCGCGAACCGUUCUUAUCCAUAAGAAAGGUCAUCCUCACACGCAUAUUAGGACGCUGGAUGAAGCCCAGCCUCAAGAACAAGCUGGAUUCCGCCAAGGGUUCAGCUGCUUGGACCACAUCCAGACCGUGUCGAGGGUCAUAGAGAAAGAAGACACAGUUCAUGAAGAACGCGCACUGCGAGGACGGAGAGUACAACUGAAGGCUCCCAAAUCGUGGAAACUCCGUCAUACGUAUACCUGGACGUUCUAUGAACAUGGAAAACGACUGAAGGAAGAACUGAAUAGAAGAAUGAGAGCAGCAUGGGCAGCAUUCACAGCCGUCAGUGAUGCUACGGACCAAGUGACGGACCAAGAUCUUCGUGCCCAUCUGUUCGACUUGACCAUUCUUCCAGCACUCUGUUACGCAGCGGAGAAGUGGGCAGAGACCGCUGCCACGUCUAGGAAGCUAACUACUACCCACAGAGCCCUUGAGAGAUGUCUCCUGAAGUUUAACCGGCGCACACAACACCUUGCCGGUCUUCGUAGCUCCGACUUAAGAGGAAUGUCCCGUCUUCGCGACCCAGCGGAAUAUGUAUCGAAAGCAAAACAUAGAUGGGCCGGUCACAUCAUGAGAAGAAUCGACGAUAGAUGGACUAAAAGAACGCUAGAGUGGAUCCCAAGGGACGCUAAACGCCCCGAGGGAGACCGCCAACGAGAUGGAGUGACGUGUUCGCUGCACGGAUGGACCAGCUGA